AUCAUGCGAAACCAAAGCUUUGUAACUGAGUUCGUCCUACUGGGGCUUUCACAGAAUCCAAAUGUUCAGAAAAUUGUAUUCACUAUAUUUUUGUUUGUCUACAUUGUGACUGUUGGAGACAACAUGCUAAUUGUAGUGACCAUCCUCAGCAGCCCUGAACUGCUGGGCUCUCCUAUGUACUUCUUUCUGGCUUUCUUGUCCUUCCUGGAUGCAUGCUUCUCUUCUGUCAUAGCCCCAAAGAUGAUUGUAGACUCCCUCUAUGAGAGGAAAACCAUCUCUUUUGAAGGUUGCAUGACCCAGCUCUUUGCUGAACACUUCUUUGCUGGGGUGGAGGUGAUUGUCCUCACAGCCAUGGCCUAUGACCGUUACGUGGCCAUUUGCAAGCCUUUGCACUACUCUUCCAUCAUGACCUGGAAGCUGUGUGGCAUUCUGAUGGGGAUAGCCUGGGCAGGGGGUUUCUUGCAUUCCAUGAUACAAAUUCUCUUUACUUUCCAGCUGCCCUUUUGUGGCCCCAAUGUCAUCGAUCAUUUUAUCUGUGACUUGUACCCAUUACUGGAGCUUGCCUGCACUGACACUCACAUCUUUGUCCUUUUGGUGGUUGCCAACAGUGGGUUUAUCUGCAUCAUAAACUUCUCCUUGUUACUUGUCUCCUAUGGUGUCAUCUUGCUCUCUCUGAGAAACUAUAGUUCUGAAGGGCGGCAGAAAGCUCUCUCCACCUGUGGAUCUCACAUUGCUGUUGUGGUUUUGUUCUUUGUUCCGUGCAUAUUUGUGUAUGUACGACCUCCAUCUACCUUCUUCUCUGACAAAAUGGUGGCAAUAUUUUACACCAUCCUAACUCCCUUGUUCAAUCCUUUGAUUUAUACUCUCAGGAAUAAGGAAGUAAAAACUGCCAUGAGGAAACUAUGGAACAAAUUGGCAGUGCUUUCUGAUGAAAAAUAA